AUGGCUAGCAAGCAAGCGAGCAAGCGUUUGGCCCGUGAAUAUAAAAGCAUAUCAGAGAACCCUCCUCCGUAUAUUAGCGCUCAUCCGUCAGAGUCUAAUAUCCUCGAAUGGCACUAUAUCAUAACCGGCCCGGAGGAUACCCCGUAUCAUAACGGCCAGUAUUGGGGGACCUUAAUCUUCCCGCCUAACUACCCUUUCGCUCCGCCGGCUAUUCGAAUGCACACGCCCUCCGGCCGCUUCCAACCAUCCACACGGCUCUGCCUUUCCAUCUCCGAUUUCCACCCGCGAUCUUUCAAUCCAGCAUGGGAAGUCUCGACGAUCUUGAUUGGGCUGCUGUCCUUCAUGACUUCGGAAGAGAUGACAACGGGUUCCGUGUCGGCUACAGCUCACGAGCGACGAAUAUUUGCGGCCAGGUCUAGGUGGUGGAACUCAACAGGAGGCGGCUCACACGCCAAGAACCCGGCACAGAAAGGAAACGUGAAGGCCGGAGACGGCGGCGCAAAGUUUAGAGCGGAAUGGCCCGAACUAGACCAGGAGAACUGGCGAUGGAUGACGGAGAACAACAUCGACGUAACGAGUGGAGCUAGGAAUGGCGGAGCGUCGUGUGGACCACAGCUAGGUAUUGCCGGUGGUAGUGGCGGGCAGACUCAAGCUGUUGUCGACGCCGUCGUACAACGACGAGAUGCUGGCACUAGUUGGCUUGGACGUAACAAGUUACUAGUGUUUGGAGGUGUUAUAUUUGUUUAUGUGUUAAUUGCCCGUCUGCUCGGGGAAGGGGAGGGUACGUCAUAA